GCGUGGAAUAUCAAACUGCUGCAGGUCUUUGUGGAUCGUUUCUGCAGAGCCGGUCCAAGCUCGGAUGAGACCCUGAGCAGAUUUCAUGUGGAGGGGCUCCCCACAUUCUUAGCCCACCAUCCGCAAGUCUUUAGUCGUCCUGAUUCGAUCUGUGACAGGACAACGAAUUAAAGAUCCCAUCCAGUCGGAUACUUUGUUUUCCAAUCGUUUACCCCCUCUAUAUUCUGCUUUGGGUGUGUUUGGGUGGAUGACAUCACAGGAGGGACAAGAGCUGGAGCACGUAAACAUCGUGGCCGUCAGGCGACUUUUGACAAAUAUCAACGCCGAGUGGCUUCAGCUUGAGUGUUUGACCCAGAGUUGGACCCCGUGGACCCGGCUUCAAGCAGAUUUGACCAACUUCCCAGCCUUAACCGCUAUGGAAGCGUUUCGGCUCCUGCUUGAAUGAACUCUCUUCCUGACCGCUGACCGACAUCGCCGGGACUUAAAAGUCCUCCUCCUGGUGCGAGUGCGAUGAGAAGUUUCAGACAGUGAGGCCAUGGGCUGCACCUCGGCCAAGCAGGUGUCGGCCGUGCCCAGCGAUGAGGAGGGACGCGGCAAGGCCUUCAGCAACGGAGACCUCUACUCUGACGAAUACAAGAUGAAGGGAGUGGAGGAGGUGAAGUACAUGAGAGGGGAUGAAAACCGGGUGAACGCACGCAACCAGGAGAACCUGGAGAAGAGUAAUGUGGAGUGCAGGGGCAAACAGCAGAAGGAGGCGGCUGCAACCAACAUUAAAUCGAACAUUCAUACGUCAGAGAGCCAGCAAGAAUUUUUCCGGAUGCUGGAUGAGAAGAUUGAAAAGGGGCGAGACUACUGUUCGGAGGAGGAGGAGGAGGAAGACGGGACAUAGCACACCGGCCCCCCACAGAGUCGACCCCCACCCUGCAGACAGCAUAAUUGAGUGUGUGUGUGUGUGUGUGUGAGAGAGAGAGACGGAGACGGCGUGUGUAAAUGUGUGCCUGAAGGUGACAGAGAAAGUUUAAUCAGUGUUUUACGGCCGGGGCGCUGGCUGGUGUGACAGGACCCUGUUGGCGUGGGUGAGCUUUCAGAACGUACGGCAGGGAUGCUUUAAGUGCAAAACGAACAGGGAACGGGACAAAGCCGACCUUCGUCAGAGACCGCCACCUUCAGCACCUUCCCGCCCCGGGUGGAAGGAGAGACGAUGGACGGACCUGUCACGUCCAGCAGAAUAUUUCCUUUAGUUGGACUUCGCCGCCCUCCACCUGUCCGUCCCCAUCCAUCCGUGUCCUCCUCUGGGGCCCCACCCCACAUAUAUAACCCACGCAGUUGGACUAAGGAGCUCCUCGGUGUGGAGAUCAAUGGAAGACGAGCGUCUCUGUGGGUGUGUUAAAGACUGAUGAAACACACAAGGAGUAGAACAAAUAUAUAUUAAAUCCAAGGAAGGAGGAGAUGAUGGCGGAUCCUCACUGAACUCUGCAGCCUGACUACACAAUGAACUGAAGUGAGGGGGGAGAAAGAGGGAGAAAUAUGGGAUAUUUUAAUAUGAGUAAAGAGGGAGCUGGUAGGUUAGAAACACCUAAACUCCUCCUGCCUUUUUAAAGUCAAGGACCUGUUUUUUUGUUUUUUUUGUUGUCGUUUGUUUUUUAAUUCUAUGCCACAGCCACUUAUUCAGUUUAAUUUCUCCUUUUUUUUAACGCUUGUUUCCACCAUCUGUUAUUCCUGACUUCCAUCACUGUACGUCAUCGUGGACAAAAUGAAGCUCCAAAAUCUAGAGCCCGUGUCUCAGCGCAGCCCCCCCCCUCCCUUUUUUUUUUUUUGUUGUUGUUGUUGAAAAGCCGCCUGUCUUACACACACGAAAGAGGUUUUCGUUCUUGUCUUUUUAAUUUAACACAGAGAAACACAUUCGCCUUAUUUCAGUGUGGAAGACGGGCGUCCCACACGCCACACACACAAUAUUCCAUUUGUUUCACCAGCAGAUUAUCAUGUGCAUUAAUCAGAGGUACCCGCAGAGAUUAGUUCUGCUUCCAGUCAGUACUGAAACACUUUUGCAGCCCUUCAUAAACACUGACGCGUCUAAACGUUGGAGGGGAGCGGUUGUGGCUGCUGCUGGAAAAACAGACCUUUACCAUCUUCACUGGAUACGUCCUGUCGUUUUAUUUUUGAAUACGUUUUUUUCUAUUAAAGAUAAAAAUGUAGGAGCGCUGAA